UGUAAUAUUUUCUUGUCGAAUUAGCCAUCUUGCUUUAGUUUUUCCAUGUAUAAUUAAUGAUCGUACCAAUCAUGUCUCAUGUACAUUCUUUUGAUAAUUCUUCCCUCACUUGAAUAUUUGGUUAAUGGAAGAGUCUACAAAUAUGUGAAGCCCCACCUGGUUGCACCCGAAUGAGAGAGAGAGAGUUAAUUAAUUAGUGGCUUCAAUCCAUGGCUUACAGCUUCCCUGAUGUGUUCUUAUGGAUUCAGAACCUUCCACCAAUCUCAGAAUGGGAAACAAGCUCCAUGUCCUUAAACAUAUGCUCUUCAACCUCGUGCCAACCAUGUCUUAAUCUCACCAUAACCAAAGACCAUCAUUCCUCAUCGAAACUCGCUUUUGUCAUCAUUGCAGACUUCAACAUUCCAAUCCACCUUUGGACCACAAAACCUUUCAAGCCAUCCUCCAAAACCACCAACAAGUUAAUAGAUGAAGAAACCAUUUUCAACCUCUUUGAUAAUUUCAUCCAAGCCAUCCUUCUCUAUGGGUCAAACAAAAAUAGUUUCUUCAUCAGGUUUCCAAAACUUGACUCUAUUCCCUACCUUCCAGACAUUUUCAACCUCUCUUUCUUCACUCUCUUGUUCCUAGUUUGCAUAUAUGAAGCUCCUGCUGCAGAUCUUCGUUCUGAAUGUGUUAGCCACUUGAAAGACCACUUGACAGGUUUUCAGUCAAGACAAGCAUCGAACAUGCUUAUGAAACUCUUGGGGUCUAACUUACAAGAGCUUUGGAUGCGUUCUGUGAACCUUGGAAUUACUAACUGGGUUGGGGAACUCGAACCUCAUCACAACAACUUCACAACACCGUGCCCUUUUUAUUCUGGUGCAUUUUCAACAUCUGGGUUGUGGAAAGUGCAGUUGUAUUGUCCUAUCGUAGCCAUGGAUGUUGAGAAUUCAAAAAGCAAUCCAGCAAGUGAGAAGCUUCAGUUUUCCCUCAAAUAUCACCAGAUGGAAGGUAUUCUUCAGUUCAAUCACAAAGUCUCAAUCAAAGAGGAGGGGGUUGAAAUCAUGGUGAACAUUGACAACAUUAGAUGCGAUGUUGUGAAACUGGUGAAUGAUUCCCUAAUGAAAGAACGAGGGGCUGGUGCAGCAGAAAAACAUUUUCCUUCAAGAAUAAGUCUGCAACUGACACCCACUCUCCAAGACCAAGUGUUGAGCCUCUCAGUUGGGAAAUCCUCAGAGAAUCCGAAGAAAGAAAUCGGCCUAGACAAAAGCGUGGAAGCUUCGUUCGAGGCAUCGAAGCCCUUGGGGCUCAAGGUAUCAGCCGGAGAGAGCGCGACGGUGAGUCUCAAGCCUUGGAAGUUCGAGGAAUCCGUUUACGGCUACAGCGCCAACCUCAACUGGUUUCUUCACGAUAUCAUGGACGGCAAAGAGGUUUUCUCCUCCAAGCCUUCCAAGUUCGCCAUGUUAAACCCCAAGUCAUGGUUCAAGAACCGUUACUCCAGUGCUUAUCGACCCUUCACCAGGCAAGGAGGGGUCAUUUUCGCCGGCGAUGAGUAUGGAGACAAAGUCUGGUGGAAAGUCGACAAAGGGGCCGUCGGGAAGACCAUGGAGUGGGAGAUUCGAGGUUGGAUUUGGUUAACUUAUUUGCCUAACAAACGUGUCACCUUCUUCAAUGAAACUAGGAGGUUGGAGUUUCGAGAAAUAGUGCAUCUCCACGUUGCUGCUUAGCCCUCUCUGAAAUUACUAUUUUAUUUCAACAUCUCAUAUUGUUACAUACAUAAAUCAAACUUAUUUCUCCAUCUAUUCUUUCAAUAAACGUUCUUUCAUGUUCAUCAUU